AUGUCUAUAGAGACGAUGGCCAUCUGGAUAAUGAUUAUUGCCAUGCAAGAUAGGGCUUAUUUCACCUGUCAAUCUGAAGACCACCAUCAGUAUAACAAUUCAGGUCCAAUCGUCCGAUAUGCACCGAACGUGGUCAUUUUCGAACAGCUGGCGCUGUCAAAGCGGCUGGCAGACAUUUACCUCCGCCACAAAGGCAUUAUCAAAGACGAGCAGUAUGAGACUCUGCAGAUCGGAGCAAAGUCCGUCCUCGCUAUGACCGUCGUGGCAAACAGGCAGUUUGAGCCGAGGCUACAGCGUCAUCUCCGCGGGCUCCUCGAUGCCCUUUGCCUUUCCCCCCAGGGAACAGCAACAGUAGAGCGAGGAGGGCGGGGCCCAUCAAUUGUUGUAUCAGACUGGUUCAACUAUUUCACCCUCGAUGUGAUUGCAGACCUGGUCUUUGGGAUCAGCUGCAACCUGCUCACUUGUGAGAAGAAGAGUGAUCGGCGUAUACUGCACGAUAUAGAGGGCAUGUUGAGGCACGUCUCGUUCCUCAUACACGCACUGUACAUCGCUUUAAUCGGACCUCUGGACAGAUUACUUUUCAAGGCGGAGAUCGAUGGCUCGAGGCGAUAUUGGCAAUAUGUCAAGAGACUGUUUGCAGAAGCCACUACAGCCAACCCCUCACGCGGCACGCUCAAGUCCACAAUUACCAUGCUGGACAGGCUGACCGCCGCAAGGAAAACUAACCACGCCUUGACAGAGGGCCAGAUCAAGUCCGAGUUGGCACUUACAGUCGUUGCCGCUGUACUUAGGGUCCGAUACAGGCUCCACCGCUAUAUCUGCUAUCCUCUUUUACCUCUCCCAAAACCAGCCGCCUACAAGAAACUAGCCUCCGAGAUACGAAGCACAUUUACUUCCCUGGACGAUAUCAAAUCAGGCCCAGACUUGGAAUCCUGCACAUACCUCCGGGCAUGCAUCAAGGAGGCCCUCCGCAUCUCUUCAGCUGUAGCCGGUUGCCUUUACCGCAUGGUCGUCGCAGACGGCGGCGCCGUGAUUGACGGGCGCUAUAUCCUGACGGCUGCUGCGUGGGUGUGA